AUGCAGCCUACUCUCAUGUGGAGACAGAGAAGUGACCGACCUCGCACUGGGCUGCAGACCUCAGACUGGGCUGCAGACCUCAGACUGGACUGCAGACCUCAGACUGGGCUGCAGACCUCAGACUGGACUGCAGACCUCGGACUGGGCUGCAGACCUCGCACUGGGCUGCAGACCUCAGACUGGGCUGCAGACCUCAGACUGGACUGCAGACCUCGGACUGGGCUGCAGACCUCGCACUGGGCUGCAGACCUCGGACUGGGCUGCAGACCUCAGACUGGGCUGCAGACCACGCACUGGGCUGCAGACCUCGGACUGGGCUGCAGACCGCGGACUGGGCUGGAGACCUCGCACUGGGCUGCAGACCACAGACUGGGCUGCAGACCACGCACUGGGCUGCAGACCUCGGACUGGGCUGCAGACCGCGGACUGGGCUGGAGACCUCGCACUGGGCUGCAGACCUCAGACUGGGCUGCAGACUUCGCACUGGGCUGCAGACCUCGGACUGGGCUGCAGACCUCGGACUGGGCUGCAGACCGUCACUGGGCUGCAGACCUCGGACUGGGCUGCAGACCUCGCACUGGGCUGCAGACCUCACACUGGGCUGCAGACCUCAGACUGGGCUGCAGACCUCGCACUGGGGUGCAGACCUCGCACUGGGCUGCAGACCUCGCACUGGGCUGCAGACCUCGCACUGGGCUGCAGACCUGGGCUGCAGACCUCGGACUGGGCUGCAGACCUCGCACUGGGCUGCAGACCUCGGACUGGGCUGCAGACCUCGCACUGGGCUGCAGACCUCGGACUGGGCUGCAGACCUCAGACUGGGCUGCAGACCCGUGUGUGUUUCAUCCCUGUGUUGCUCACGCCGAGUCCACACAAGGGCGUUUUGUCACCUCCCAGCUGCUGCGAUCACAUGCUCGCUGA